AUGGAUCUGAUCAUCUUCUACUCACCCGAGAAGGCUUGUGUUACAUACUACAUCAACAACGACUCGGCCGGCUACAAGAUCGAGUACCCAUUCGCUUGGAUCAAAAAUAUCAACCUUGUUCAGGGUGAGGUUACAAGCGCUGCAGAGGGCGCUUCGCAAAGAUUAGGCGCACUGGUGGUCGAGUUGGUCCGUCCCCCUAAGUUCUACAUGGACAGCUCAGGUAGCGGCGGCUUCUACGAGUGCGGCGAUUUCACCGAGGACCAACAAGCUAGCAAGGUUAUGGUUCAUCAGCUUGGUGGCCCUUCCAAGGCUCUCAGCGGUCAACUGGCUAAGCUCGUGUCUCUCGACUCUUUCCAGAACCGCCACACACUGCUCGACCCCACUCACUUUGCCAUGGCUGCUGCUUCUGCUCCCGUCUCACCUGUCAACUUCAGACCUGCAAGCCAGCCUAACCACUUGGUACAUCCUCACUCAGGCGUCUUCCAAGACUCUGCUAUCGGUCUUAUGGGCCCGCCUGCUCCUCGCGGUCACAAGAGACAGCGCAGUCGUUCCGUACCUGCUGCCAUUGAUCUUUCGAUGCUCAGAAACAACCCCAUGCCUUCGUUCCUCAUUCAGCAUGAGCCCAACACCCCUGCUCAGCCUCUACAAGACAACGCUAUCUUCGCCCCUCAGCCGCAACAUCACCAUGGCUUCUCGGCAGGUAUGGGCCCUAACAAUCUCAGCAUCGAUACAUCUGCUGGUUAUGGCAUGGACUUCAGACAAUUCGCUGGUCCAAUGUCUGCCACCACUCUCAACUCUCCUAGCGAUUUCGGUACUCCUGGCUUCUUCAACCCUGGUCCUACCAGCGACAUGAUGGCUCACUCUAACCUCAACACCCCUUACUCGAGCUCUUUCCUUUCUGUUGACCCAUCUGCUAUGAUCGGUACUAGCAACACACCCGUUUCUUGCCUCAGUGGAGGUGAUCCUAUCAUCGCAGACCAAUCACCACCUCUUACCGGUCUUGGCCGCAGCCAGUCUGAUGACAUCUUCAACACACCUGGAGGUGACAAUGGUCUGAGUGACGAUGCCCUUUGCCUUUCGUCCGAUGUAUACAACAAGUCAAUGGGUAUGGGUUUCCACAGCCCUCUUCCUGACGAGCACAUGGGUUUCGACUCUUCUCUCUCAGAUGCCCACUACGACUACAACUCGCCGAUCCCUGCGAACAAGAUGAACCUGCCUUUCCGCAUGCCCAACGAAACACCUAUGCACCAACAGUCGCCUAACCCUGCGCAGUUGGCCAUGCACCAAGACUCUGCGAUCGCUUUCCAAUCGCCUACUCAUAUGGGUCACGGUGACCACGGCCACAAUCUUUACCAGACCCCCAAAGUCAAUGCCACUGGCAUGUUCCAGGACAGCAAGAUGUAUCAAUCACCUGCUCAGAUGCACGACUCCAACUUCUCGACACCCGCUCACCACCCCUCGCAUCUUCAAAACCAUGAUUUGUAUCACAGCCCUAGUUUGGGUGCCAACGAUCAACACAACCAACACGGCGAGGAGAUUGACAUGUCAAGUUUCGUGCAGUACGGUACUAUUGAUCCCGCCAGCUUGUGA